CCGCCCGCCCAGCUGCGUACGCGCAUACGUCUCCUAAGUAACAGAUUUUUCAACCACAAGAAACAUAGACAUUUGUCUAAUGGAUGCGAGUUGAAAUUAAAGCAGAAUGUCUUUUAGGAAUUACUAUGAUACGUCAACCUACGGCCGCAGUCGAGAUACGGGCCGGAAUGCGUCGAGCGCGUCGACGGACCGCCCUACCACUGUCACAGCCAAAUACAUCAACACAACGCCAUCAUAUAAAUCCUCCAGUAUCCCUAUACUCUGUUCCGAUAAAACUAAAGAUGAAACGCCCAUUUCAACGAUAGCAAGCCGAUAUGCUAGCUACAAUAAAAAUGAUAAGCCUAUCUCCAAAUAUGAAAAGAAAGAUUACUCGAAACUCACUAUACCAUCAGUCAACACGAAGAAUAGAGACGUCAGCCCUAUAUCAACAUCAUCGAAGUAUAGUUACAGCCGACCUUCAAGGCAUUUGAGCCCUGAAAGAAGAACGCCGAAGAGCUUCAAGGAAAAAAGCCGAGAUUCCAGUCCUGUAGACCGCGACAAAGACAUUCCAAGUAAGACUGAUAAGUCUACGAGCUACAGUAGCCUUUCAAGCUAUAAAUUGUACCCACGAAGUUCAAGUUAUACACGGCCUGCAUCAAGAACAGAAACUAAACCUGAGGUCACUGUUAACAGAUAUGCCAUAGCUAGUCGGCUUUCUAGUAAUUACCUACGAAGUCCACCAACAGUAAAACGAACUUCGGUGUCACCAGUGAAUCACAUUGAUAUAGCUAAAAAUGAUAUAGACAAACCCGUAACGCCAACAAUUGUAGUACAAGAAAAUAGUAAGUUACAAAUUAAAUCAGUACCAGAGAAGAUUGAAAGUAAAUCUGAGUAUAACAAUGGAAAAGAGGAUGAAAACGUGAAUGAGACUGAAACAGUAACUGUUGUAACCCGACAUACAUCUCCGACUCCACCAGGGUCUUCUGCCUAUGUUCGAAUUCGACGAGCUGAUAUGGCAAAAACUAUUGAAAAAACAUUGUCUAGACCAAAGAAAAGACCUAAUAUGAUUGAUAAAGAAGUUCAGUCUGAUAGAUUAGACGAUCCCACACGAUCUAGUCGAUUUGGUAGUACUUCAAGAGCUAGUACAACAAAUUGGUCUUACUAUACACCAGGCGUUAAUAAUUAUACAGGAUAUGCCGGUAGAUAUUCAACACAAUAUUCUACAAUACGUGAAAACUCUAAUAGUAAUGUUCAAAGUGACAGGAGUAGUCGAAGUCGAAGCAAAGAACCACAACCUAAAGAAAACACAAGUUCAAUAAGUUCAAGCUCAUGUACGGAGAGCAAAAAUAAAACGAUAGAUAAUUGUAAUUUAAAUAAUGUGACAGAUACAGCAAAUCAUGAUAUAGUGACAGUCUAUGAACAAAAUAAAGAUGAUGAGACGUCAGAAAUAAUAAUAAACGUCAAUUUGAAAUUAAAAAGAGCUAAAAGUCCUUUAGCAGCUGCCACAGAAUUAGUUUCACCCGAAGUAACCAUAACGAAUAGUUUAUUGCCACCGCAAGCACCAAAAACUGAUGGAACUACGAAAAUAAAAAAGACUAAAGUAAGAAAAUCCAGCACAGAUUCAUCAUCAGACUCAACACCUAAAAAGAAAACAGUAAAAAAGAGAAGCAAAUCCGUUAGUUCCACAGAUUCUGACCAAGGAAGUGAAAUAAGCGAUAAAACAAAAGAAUCAACCCCACCUUCAUCUUCAAAAAAUGUCCCGAAAAAAUCAACAAGUAGUAACUUAAUUAAUGGACGCCAAAAAUUAAAACAUUCCAAAUCACGCGAAAGUAAUAGUCCAGAAUCCAGUAUUACGUUAUCCACUCAAUCUUCAGUAAGUGAAGAUGAUACAAUAUCAAAAUCAAAAACACAAGAUGUUUCUAGAACAUCAGCAGAUGAAAUAUCUAUACCAACUGAUCGAUCAGGAGGCAGACAAUCAUCACCCAACAUAUCUCAGAAAAAUGACGGGGGUACCGAAGAAGCUAAGUCAUUUUUAAUACGAGCUCUAGCACCUGUAACAAAUUUGUUUAAAAUGAAACAUCAAGAUAGUAGUGAAAAUAGUCGCUGGCCCGAAAAUUCAACGUCAGACUCUACAGGUAAAGACGUUUCUAACUUACUAACAGAAAGUGAUAGAUCUAGUAAAAGUAAAAAUAUUAUUGCAUCUAGUGAUGACAAGCUUGUCCAAUUAAAAGCUAUAAGACAUAUAGAAUCGGGAGAAAAAGCUUGGUGGUUAGACUCCGACUCUGACAAAAAAAAUAAAAUAAACAGUAAUGAAACACCUAAUACUAGUUCAGAAAAGAAUCAAUCAAGAAAAAUUAAGCGAAUAGAAUCUGGCGAAAAAGCAUGGUGGCUUGAAUCUAAUAGUGAUAAUAAAAAUGAAAAUUCAAUAGUAAAUUCAAAUUCCGUUGAAAAAAUUGAUGGUAAUAAACAAACAAAAAAAUAUAAAAAUGAAAAUGAUGAAAAACCGUGGUGGUUAGAUAGUAGUGCUAAUAUCCCAGAAGGAAUUGAGAGAUUAACUCCUCCGAGAAAAUCAUCUAGUGAUAGUGACAAAAGUGAAAAAUUCAACUUUUACAAAGUCAGACAUAUUGAAUCUGGCGAACAAAAAGACUGGUGGCUUACAAGCAACGAAAGUUCACUACAGAAUAACAAACCGGAAGCUCAAAUAAGCUUAAGUAAAUCUGGAUCUGACCAAAAAAGUUUCCCAAUAAGAAGGAUUCGACAUGUAGAGUCUGGUGAACGACCUUGGUGGUUGUCAAGCAGUAAAAAUAUACCUGAAGGCGUAGAGAAAUUACCUACACCCCCUCCGCAAGAAGAGAGCGACAGUUCUGAAUCUGAAGAAGUCGAAGUCUAUGCUACCCAAAACCAUAUCCCACCAUUCCCACUAAAUCUACCUGAUGAUGAACCAUUAGGUGACAGAAGGAGCCCUGAAGGUCUUGAAACUCCUAGAGAGAAUGAAGAUUAUAGAGGUCGUACUUCUCCUUAUGAAAACAAUAGACAAUAUCGGAGAAACCUAUCCUACCAGAAAAGUAUGGACAGAUAUAUCUCACGAUAUACGGAUAUCGAUGAUAUCCUGGGUACCUCAGGGCAGAUCUACAGCCCAUUCAUGGAUUCUAUACUGGCAAGAAGAACCGGUCAAAUAUCGUACGACGACGAUGAAUGUGAGGAGAUAGACCCGACACAAGUGAGAAUACACGAUAGCACCGCACAAAGGCCAGUCAUCAAGAAACUGCGAUGCAGAAGCGAGAUUGUCGACUACCGCACCGAAGAUCAGCUGGACGACGCAACACUGCAGGUGUUCAAGGACGGUGACUACGGCCCCUACCUGGACCUCGACUCCACGUUGGGCGAGCAGGAUGAAGAACUUGAAGGUCUACAAGAGAACCGCAAAAAUGCACUCGUUCUGCGGACCCAGCUACCGGUUCGGGUGCAUGCUAUUAUUGAGAGACUGCUUCGCACACAAGGGCGAGAGCUUAGGAGAGCGUUGUUCUCACUCAAACAAAUACUGCAGUCGGACAAGGAUCUGGUACACGACUUCGUAGCCAACAAAGGAUUGGACUGUCUGAUGCAGAUCGGCAAUAUGGAGGAUCAAAAUUAUAUUGACUACAUACUACGAGCCCUCGGUCAAAUUCUGCUGUAUGUAGACGGCAUGCACGGCGUUAUGGGACACAAACACUGCGUGCAGUGGCUAUAUUCUCUCAUAUCCAGUAAAUUCCGUCACGUUGUCAAGACAGCGUUGAAACUUCUAGUCGUAUUCGUCGAGUAUACGGAGAAUAAUAGUCUACUCCUAAUAGAUGCAAUAACUUCAGUGGAUGGCUCAAAUGGUCGACCGACCUGGUACAAUUUGAUGAAGAUUCUUCAAGACUUCGAUGCGUCUGAUACAGAACUUCUUAUAUACGCUACAACGUUGAUAAAUAUUUGCCUAAACAAUGUGCCUGACAGGGAUACUUAUUACGAUCAAGUUGAUGCAUUGCAAGAUCAGGGUAUUGAUGAUAUUAUUCAACUUUACAUGUCUAAACAAGGAACGGAUUUGGAUCUUUUGAGGCAACUGCAAAUAUUUGAAGCGGUACUGCUGUAUGAGGAUGGUGAUGAAAGUGGAACAGCUCUCAAACAAUUAGACGAAUCUGUCGUAACAUCUGUACGACGAAGAAGUAUCAACCUUAACACAUCAGAGAGAAGGAAAUCCAAAAAACAACAGAUGAAAGAUAAAGCAAAUUCGUUAGACACCAACCACGCGGAGCCCGAAAACAAAAAUUCCAACAACCACAGACCACAAUUCCUACCUACUAUAAUAGACAAUAAAGAUAACAAAGAACUCAGUACAGCUCUAAGAAGAAGAAGAGAUCGGUUUGCACGACAAGCUCAGCAACAAGAACUGCUAAACAAUUCCAAUGGACUCUAUAAUGGACUUUUUGGAAACACCAAUAGCUAUCAAAAUGGCAAUGGAAAUUACAAUAACAAUGGAAAUUAUACAAAUGGGAAUUAUACAAACACUAAUAACAAUUACAAGAACGCGAAUGGUAAUGGUAACAGUCAUUAUGCAAGCAAUGGCGUGAAUGGCGUCAACGGUCACCAAGAAGAAGAAGAUGCUUAUGUCAGUAGAACAGUGAAAAACUUAAACUUAGCAGACGUAUUAAAAAAUGGAAACCAAAGAUAUACAGCAGGUCUGAAACAAAGGAUUCAAAAUGGAACACUAGGGCAUAGUGUUAAUGCUGUAGAUGCGUUAGCCGUAAUGCGGCAAAAACAAUUAGAUAAUACUCCUGAAGCCAAAGAUGACCGGGGAAUCCUGUUGAAUAGGGAGCACAGUAUUAAGGAUCUAGCACAGAGGUUGACAAGCCCCGUAAGCCCUACAGCUGAAGAUAAACCAUUAAGGGUAGCGGAAAUGACAGGAAUUGUAUCAAAAGCCAAAGAAGAAUUAGCUAAGUCACAAUCUAAAGAAGUGAUUAAGAGUCCAAGUAUAGAAAAAUCACCUAAAGUUCAUGAAAUUAAAGUUUCUGAAAACGAUUUACAUUGGGAGGAACUGAAAAAGGGUUGUAUGAACCGAGCAUUUCACCUCUGUGAUCUUGAUUUCUCCGAUUUACGCCAUGAUUCUGAUGAUGAUAUGGGAUCACCAGCUGUGAAUAUAUCGAAUGGUCCGCCACCACCUCCGCCAAAUAUGUUUCUUCCUCCUGUCGGUGUUCCCCCGCCAUUACCUUUUACUAUGCUGAGCAAAAACAUCCCAGUUCCACCACCGAAGCCUAAUCUAUCCAGCGAAUUAUCAAAUGAUUCUGAUAGUUCUACGAUUAAGAAAAGUAAGAAGACUGUGAAACUUUUCUGGCGAGAAAUACAGGAAAAUCCGGCACCGGUGCCCCUUAGACCCAAAUUGGGUGGCUUUAUUUGGGAUGAUCUACCCGAAAUUAAUUUGGACACUGCAAUAUUGGAACACUUAUUUGAAUCUAGAACAAAUGACUUAAUUCUUAAGGAGAAACUCAUGGAGCCGAAAAGAAAUCUUAUAUUGGAUGCAAAACGAUCAAACGCCAUAAACAUAGCUAUGAAGAAGCUACCUACACCGCAAACAAUUAAGGCGGCGAUAAUGAAAAUGGAUGCAACGGUUAUUGGUAGGGAAGGCAUUGAGAAGCUAUUGACAAUGCUGCCUACUGAAGAAGAGAAGAUAAAGAUACAAGAAGCACAGUACGCCAAUCCGGACUUACCGCUGGGUAGCGCUGAGCAAUUCCUCUUAACGCUUGCAUCUAUCAAUGAACUGUCAUCAAGAUUAAAAUUAUGGGUCUUCAAAUUAGAUUUCGAUAAUUUAGAGAAAGAAAUAGCAGAACCAUUAAUGGACUUGAAGCAUGGAAUUGAAUUACUAAAAGCUAACAGAACUUUCAAAGUAAUAUUGUCGACGCUAAGAUCGGUAGGAUCGUUCUUAAAUGGCAGUCAGGUGAAGGGAUUCCGUCUUGAAUAUCUGUCUAAAGUAAUGGAAGUAAAAGACACGGUACACAAACAUCCCCUGUUGUACCACAUUUGUGAAAUGAUUAUCGAAAAAUUUCAGGACACAACAGACUUUUUCAGUGAGGUUGGAGCAGUAAUACGAGUUUCGAAAGUCGAUUUCGACAUAUUACAUACAAACCUUCUUAAAUUAGAGGCAGACUGCAAAGCUUCUUGGGAUCACAUGAAACGUAUCGCCAAACACGACGGGUCACAAAUAUUCAAGACGAAAAUUAAUGAAUUCCUCACAGACGCAGCGGAGAGGAUCAUAUUAUUAAGUGUUAUUAAAAAAAGAGUCAUGAACAGAUAUGGAAAGUUCCUUCUCUAUUUAGGAGUACCAGCGCAUGAUAUCCCGAAAACAAAACCGUCGGAAUUCCUGAAAAUUAUCGCGGAAUUUGCUCUUGAGUACCGAACAACAAGAGAGAGAGUGCUCCAACAAUUAGAGAAGAGAGCCAAUCACCGAGAGAGAAAUAAGACUAGAGGCAAAAUGAUAAUUGAUGUUGGUAACUACUCAAAUAAGAACGGCGAUCACUCAGCAGACAAUGCAUUGAAAGAACUAUUGAAGACUGAUCCUGAUACUGAUAGCCUUACAGAGAGCAGGCGUAAAGCAUCUAAUAAUAAGAGAAUGAUGGUCAAUGGUGACAUGUCAGCUGAUGACGAAAUCAUCGAAAGCUUGGUGCGUUCUGCCACAACGAAACGAAAACCAAUCACUCGACAGCGCCGAAGAAACCGACUCUCUGAUAAAAAAUUAUUUAAUAGAACCCUCGACGGGCAUCAAUCUUGGCCCGGACAAGAAUGUAACUCUGGGGCGACAGCAGAUAUUCAACAAAGAUAGUUAAUUAAUAUAGUUAGUCAAAUAUCAUGAAGUUUUGUGUUAUUUUGAAUCUCAAUUAGGUAUAUGAUGUAAGUUCUUGAAUCUGUCCUAAAUGUAAUUAUAACAAAUAAUUUCGAUAAAAGUAACAGCAUUCAGUUAUUGAUGCCAAUUAAUAUUAUAGUUUACACUAUAGAAACUGAAAUACAAAUAUUGUAUACUUUAAAUUAAUAUUUCUUUUCAUAUUGGCAACAAUUGAGGUCUACUGAAUAUUUAGAUCAGCUGAUGAAAUAGCAUUUUUAAUUAUAUAAUAUUUAAUUAGCAAACUCACUUACUCUGUACAAUAAUUUCAACCAGAACGGCCUAAACUUUAAAUUUAUAUUUAAUUUAAAAAUAUAUUUAUUCAAAUAAACUACAAUGAAGCAUUAUUGAAUACUCAUUACUUAUAUUUUUCUAAUCUACCGCUUAUUUGGAAAGAUCAUCACAAGAACGCGCAAGACACUUGCGUGUUGCUCUUUUAAAUAAUUUAGGUGCAAGUU